AUGAUGUUGAUUAUAAGGGUGCCAAACUUUCUCUUCAAAGGGGGUGCCGAACGGCACUUUGAAUUGAGAUGGUGGUUUGGUCAUGCAAGCCAUGCAAAAUGGUAUCCACAUUCUGAUUGGUUUUUCUUUGAAAUAUCAUCUUCUGCAAUUUGUUGCCUUAUCAUUCAUGGUUGCUCCAGCAUGGGAUUGCCGAACGGCAACUUAGGAGAUGCUGAUUGCAGGGGUGCUGAAGGGCACUGCCGAAGGGAACUGCCGAAGGGCACUAAAGAAGGGGAGAAUGACAGAAGCUUUUUGUGUCGAUUCCCACAGACGGCGCCAAACUGUUGA